GUGCUUUGUAACUGGCAACAACGAUUGCCAGUCAGGAACAACCCGCCUCCAUCAAACCAUCGACAAGCUCGCUACUGUCCACGCAUACCACGCUGAGAUCAUGGCUCCUACUGCAAUGGCUGAGGCCAGACAACCUGCGGCAGACAACGAGUCCAAGCCGAUAUCAACGCCCGCACCAGCUCCAACGUCAGCGUCUCAGGGAGUUCCGAAUCUGGGCCACAAGCUUCCCAAGCUCGAACCCAGGCGGCGUCGGCAACAGCCUGAGAAUCCCAUCCCUUUCCCCGAGACUCCUGCUCUUCCACCACCCCUAGAAUGCCCAGGCACGUUCCGCGUACCGAGCCGUCGCAUCUUGUCAAAAGCGGACCAUGACUUGUUUGUCUCGUCUCCAUCAUUUAACUUGAUACUGUCCUGGAUCUUCAGCCUGUCCGAAUCUGUCAUCGACACGCCCAUCUCGGCAGUCAAGGACAGCGAGCUGAACGCCCCAAUACGAACUCUCCUGGAAAUCCUGGAUGAGGUGGAGCAGCUCGUCUACCAAAACCCCCCAGACGAUCAGGGGGGCUCCAGGUUCGGCAACAAGAGGUUCAGAGACUUCCUUGACAAGGCCAGGGGGCAGGAGACAAAGUGGCAUCAAAAGCUCGGCGUUGAUAACCCAGACGCCCUUGCCGAGCUCUCAACCUACCUCAGCCAGUCAUUCGGGAACCGGAAGCGCAUCGAUUACGGCUCUGGCCAUGAGCUCAACUUCAUGAUCUGGCUGCUGUGCCUCUACCAGCUCCGCAUCGUCACCCGCGCAGACUUUAAGCCCCUGGUUCUCAAGGUCUUCACCCGGUACCUUGAGGUCAUGCGCGUCAUCCAGUGUCUUUACUAUCUGGAGCCCGCGGGCUCGCACGGCGUGUGGGGCCUGGAUGACUACCAGUUCCUCCCCUUCCUGUUCGGCGCGUCGCAGCUGGCGCACCACCAGUACAUCACCCCGCGGGCCAUCCACCAGGAGCUGAUGCUCGAGCAGUUCGGAAAGGACUACCUUUACCUGAACCAGAUCGUCUUCGUGAACAGCACCAAGACCGUCAAGGGCCUGCGGUGGCAUAGCCCCAUGCUGGACGACAUCUCAUCUUCGAAGUCGUGGGAGAAGGUUGAGGGAGGCAUGCGCCGCAUGUUCGUGGCGGAAGUGCUCAAGAAGCUUCCGGUUAUGCAACACUUCCUGUUCGGGUCUCUGGUCCCGGCUGUGGACGGCAUGAGCGAGCAGAGCCUGGCUGGCGUCCCGGACGAGGAUGACGACGAUGAGGGCGGCGAGGUCCAGGUGUUUGAUGAGGGCAACGUGAGGCAUGUCCACCAGCAGAACGGAUGGGGCGAGUGUUGCGGCAUUAAAGUCCCUAGUGGUGUUGCUGCCGGCAUGGAGGCGAUGAAGAAGGGCGAGACGCUGCGUAGAAUUCCUUUUGAUUGAGGUAUCCUGGGUGAACUAUACCUUGUGAGGCCCGCAGUGGCUGCAUGCGCUUGUAUGUAAUGCACACCCGAUAUAACACAAGGAUAGAACAUCUCAAUACACCUCAAUUUAGGUGGCAA